AAACUAUAUAUAUAAUCAUGAAGACUGCUCAGACGUCGUCUUGUGUCAUAUCGAAAGUACAAGGGAUCUCUCCCUAUCGUGCUAAGUCACAGGUAUUCAACCUGAACACUCGUUACCCUUACUUUACCAAGGAGCAAGGGGAUUAUUUUGAUUAUCCUAUGAAUCAUGAAGAUCUUAAGCAAGAGAGCAAUCACACUACGAAUGGUAACUCCAGUAAUCAACUUUUCAGGGGCCCUUGACCAGGCGAGCCGGACAAUAAACUAGAAAAACUUCAAAAGUGGGUCGAAGCAAAGUUCAAAGACGAGCUAACAAACGAUUCCAUCUUCUUCAAUGAAUGGGAGUUUGAUCAUGCGGUAAAGGACUUUUGCGUUAACCCUAAGCCUCAAAGCGUGGAGCCACCUCAGCCUGCUAAGGCUAAGCCAACUCCAUGCGCUUUCUCUAGAGAUGACCUGAAGGAAGAAGUCAAGCUCAAAAUUGAGCAGGAAGACUUCUAUCAUUCGAACAUCUCUGUUGAGAACUACAAAGGCUCUGAGAAGGUGAUUUCUUCUGAAGCUCCAAUUACUGAGAAUGUAAUGCCUCAUAAAUCUAAUUGGAAGCGUCCAGAUCUAGUUGAGAAAAGAGUCCUCCGUGCUCUAUGUGAUAUCGCAAAAGACUUUUUUAACGAUAUUACUAAAGCUGCCAAGGCGAACACUAAUGAUAAGAAGCUGAACCUGUGGGAUCAACUCAUCCAAAGGUGCUUCCCAACCCUCCAUAAAACUGCUCAGUUGAAGAUUCUUGGGCAGAUAUGCGUGAGCUGCAUGGGUUGGAAAUUCACUGAAAAAGUCAAUUCCUUGAAAAACUUUAAUACUUCUCAAAAGAGGCAGCUUAUUAAGUUCGGAAAGGUAUUCAGAACUCAGAGAAAUAGUUCCAAGGUUAAGGAGAGGAAGAUCCUACUCAACCAUCCCAUCAUCAGGAUAGGGAAACUUUUAUAUGAAAGUUCGAGGAUGUACCAGACCGGAUUCUGGAAGCAUAUUAACGAUCACAAGAAGACUGAGAUUGAUGACGAUAUGAGCUUCAAAGAUCUUCACUCAAAGGUGGUAGCUAGAGUCAACCACUUGGAGUGUCACAGGGACCUCUUCUCAUUUAAUUUGUCUUAA